AGGAGAGCAAGCUCAAGAGCCGCAUCCCAGUUUCGGAGCCAUGGACGUCGUUGGAGUUCAGCCUUCCGACCUUGACGUGGAUGCAAAAGGAGAUUUCGGCCCAACUCCGUCGAGCCGCGUUUCCCAGCAGUCAACGCUGCAGACGGUGCGGCACAGGCUACAGAAGCUCGCGAGCCGGCUGCCGGAUCAAUGCAACGAAUGCGAGCCGUCGCUUUCUAUGGCCUGGAAAGACCUGAACUUCUCCAUCGGCAAGAGGCAGAUCCUGACAAAUGUCACCGGCAUCAUACAUCCCGGCCGUCUUACAGGAGUUUUUGGCCCCUCCGGAAGCGGCAAGUCCACCUUGCUGAACAUCCUUGGUGGCCGGCAGAAUACCAAGGCAUCUGGACACUCCCUGUCGGGAGAGAUCAGCAUCAAUGGGACGUCGAUCGAGCCAGUGCAAUUUCGGCAGCACAUUGCCUAUGUCAUGCAAGACGAUGCGCUGCCAUCGACUGAGACUCCCCGGGAGUGCCUUCAAUUCUCAGCUCGCCUGCGACUGCCAAGGGAGGUCGGGUCAAAGGAGUUGGACUCAGUGGUGGAGCAGCUUCUCGCGACUCUGAACCUCAGUCGUUGCGCCGAUACUUUAGUGGGUGGUGCCAUAGUCAAGGGCAUCUCCGGUGGGGAGAAGAAGCGCACCGCUGUUGGAGUGGAGCUCAUCUCAAAUCCUAAGAUGCUCUUCUUGGAUGAGCCGCUGAGCGGCCUCGACUCUUUCUCCGCCAACCGACUGACAGAAGCUCUGAAGACUUUGGCUGAAGCAGAUGUUCCAGUGCUUUGCACCCUGCAUCAGCCCAGCUCGCAGAUCUUCGCCAUGUUCAAGGAUGUCGUCAUUUUGCAUGCGGGAGGCGUGGUGUUCCACGGGCCUGCGGAGCAGCUGGCGGGCCACUUCGAGGGCCUGGGAUAUCCGUGCCCUGAGAGCUUCAACCCGGCAGAUCACGUCAUGUUCCUUCUGCAAAAGUCCGAUGCAGAUGAAAUCCAGCAAGUGAAGCAGGAGUGGUUGAGCAGCCGCCUUUGCGCGGACAUGCUGGCAAGCCUGCGUCUCAAAGGUGAGAGCCUGCCAGGUGAAGCUGCUGUGAAUCCAAGCUUCUGCACGCAGCUCUUCCUCCUCGUUCGCCGGGAAGUUCGCAGUAUGAUGAGAAAUCAUCGCACCUUGCUCUUCAGGCUGUUCCUGUGCGCCGCACUGUCGGCUGGCACUGGCUGGCUUUUUGCCGGAAGCGGUUCUCGCGGAGAUGAUACGGGAGAGUGCGGUGACGACUUCAGUGCUGCGCAGUGCACAACCGACUUCCAAGCCCAUUACGGUGCGGUAUCUUCCCUGGCCAUUCAGGCUUUGAUGGGAGCAGCUCAGCCAACCCUGCUUUCUUUCCCACAAGAGCGGCCAACGUUCUUGCGGGAGUAUGCCUCCAACCAAUAUGGGGUCGUUCCCUACUUCAUUGCGAAGACUUUGGUGGAGCUGCCGGUGCUGUUGGUGUCAACCUUGAUCAUUCUGCUGGUGAAUUAUUGGCUCAUCGGGCUGGAGGGCUCGUUUCCUCUGCUGGUGCUGGUGCUGUGGGGGUUGGGUUUGGCCUCCUCCUCCACCAGCUUUCUGAUCGGCAGCAGCGUGGGCUCCGCGCAGCAGGCCAUCCAGCUGGCGCCCCUCACCUUGUUUCCCCAGCUCUUAUUCAGCGGCCUGCUGCUGCCCAUCUCGAAGAUCCCCGUCUCCCUGGGCUGGCUGCGCUGGGUGUGCCCUCUGAAAUAUGCCAUCGAUCUGGUGACGGUCGUGGAAUUCUGGAGCAUCUAUGAAAGCAUCUCCGGCUGCGAGAGCACUCUAGAUCGAGAGCGGUGCAUAGAAAUGAUGCCUGGCGACUACCUCCGGGCAUCCUUUGUAGACAACCAGAAUGUUCAAUUUGACCAAUGGCCACAGAAUCUUGCAGGCUUGCUGGGUCUUGCGAUAGGGCUCCGACUUUUGGCUGUACUAAUGCUGCGGCGUAAAGGCAGAUAUGUGUACUGAAUGUAAAGGUUGACGUGCUGGAAACCUCGCACACAAGUGGUGAGUUUUUAGCCUGGCCAGAAUGGAGCUGGCAAGGCUGCAUGAGGCCCUCAAUGCAGUCGCUCGAAUUAAUUCUCACUGCAGACACGAAAGCAGCACG